AUGUACACGCUUGCAGAAAACAGCCACAAGAGUUUAAUCGACAGUCUUAAGGACAGAGGCAUAAUUGACGAUGACGACGUGUACGAAACGAUGCUACAGGUGGACAGAGGGAAGUACAUAAAGGAGAAACCCUACGUGGACACGCCCGUCUACAUCAGCCAUGGGGUCACCAUAUCCUCCCCGCACAUGCACGCCCUGUCCCUGAAGCGCCUGAUGGGUGUGUUGAAGCCGGGGUCCCGGGCCAUCGACGUGGGGUCCGGGUCGGGCUACCUAACCGUGUGCAUGGCGAUAAGAACGAAGGUACUGGAGAACAAGGACUCCUUCGUGAUAGGACUCGAGAGAGUAAAAGACGUAGCAAACUUUUCCAUAGAAAAUAUAAAAAGAGACAAACCAGAAUUACUUCACCUUGAUAAUUUUAAAAUUAUUCACAAAAAUAUAUAUCAAGUGAGUGAACAGGAGAAGGAGGAGUUAGGGUUGUUCGAUGCCAUUCAUGUGGGAGCAUCUGCAAGUGAGUUGCCAGAAAUUUUAAUCGACUUGCUGGCGGAGAAUGGGAAGCUUAUCAUCCCACUCGAUGAGGGAUACACGCAGGUUUUAUAUGAAAUUACAAAAAACAAUGGGAAAAUAGUAAAGGAUAGGCUCUUCGACGUUUGCUUCGUGACUUUGAAAAAGAAUUAG